AUAAUGUUAUAGUGAAACAAUCUUGCUGGCUUGAAACAGGAGUGAUCAUCAUUCAUUCUCGUGAACACUGACACCUUUAUGAUGUGAUGGAAGGAGAUAUACUGCGCAAUAGGCCAGGGAUUAGUGUUGUCGUUAUAUAAUUAGAGCGGGUCUACUUAGUUGCUCACUAAAAAAAAACCUUUAAAAAGACAAGUGACAAAUAAUUAUGUUAUAAGGUUAUUAAAAAGACGUCCUCGUGUCUCUUCUUCAAAGAGUUUGACACAAUGACGUAUAUCAUCAUUUGAAAUAGAAUGCAUGUACUGUACCCACCAAAUGUAUGUGAUAUAUAUAUAUAUAUAAAAUAAGUGCUCGAUAUACCGAAAUAUAGAGCUAAUUUACUUAGGCGAAGUCUGUUUUAAAAACCACGUUGGUGGGUGUCGUGCAAAUACCGGAGAAUCAAUACAUAUAAUAGGAUCAUUGCUGACCUUGUAUCAUCAAAAUUAAAUUCUAUAUACCAUUUGGUGGAAUAGCACCACGAACUUGUUUUUACUGCUGCGAAUUCCACGUAUCCAGAUUAGAUUUACUGUUUGCUGCUUUCGUGUCCUCGUAUCUCAAUCAUUAGAAUGUCAUGCAUGCUGCAUGCAUGUAUGAAAUAUUUUAACGGCUUUGUUAAAUUUCAUUGACUACAUUCGGAAGGCUGAAUGCUCGAGAUAAUUAGAAAACAACAAUAAUUCUUUAAUCUAAAUAUUUUUUCUAAAUUUUUGUUUGAAUGUUUUGUGGUUUGAGAGACAGAAGCAGUCUUUGUUAACUUAGACAAUGACUGCAAGUAGUUUUAAGUAUAGGCUCAAUACCGGAUGUUGCUAAUUGGUUUGAUAAACGAAACAAUUUAUAUAAAUAUUUGAGACUUAUAAGAUUCAUAAAAGAGUCUUCGUCUAUAUAGAGAAGACAUGAUUGUUGCCUGAGAGGGAUUAUAACAAAUGUAAAUUGAGGUUGGUAGCAAUCAAGAUAUACACGCCGUGGUGCGUGUGUGUACAUCUUUAAUCUUUGCUAUACACUAUAGUCAUCCCAUUUCUUUGUCGCACUUGAAAAGAAUCUUUUCAGAAUGAUUAUUCAACAACGCUUCUUCUCGUUCUUACAAUAAUAUCCUGCUUGAAUACUCUAUAAAUGGGGGGAGCCUAUUUAUACUUGUGUUUUUAGAAUAAAACAAACAAGCCCGUUUUUCCCAUUAAUUUCCUGACACGGUGAGGCCUUCGCUUUUUUAGUUUUUCAGGAAGUUUCAUCCUAAGAAGUUCUGUAGCAUCCGUUAGAAUUAAUAUUUGUUUAUUUCCCAAAGUGUUUAAUUUACUUAAACCAUCAUCGACGCGGAGUGUCAAUUGAAUUAACCUAACCCUCUUUUGAAAGCUGCCGCCUAUUCAAGUGAUGUCUAAUUAUUGUAAACAGCUUGUAUGAAAUAAUGCUUGCUUUACGGAAAUCAUCCACAGAUUGUUUCUUUUAGUUUGUGUCAUUCAUCUAGCCAUUUGAUCACAAACAUCAUCUAGCUUCUACCCUAGAUAUUUCAAUUGGAAAAGAAUGGUGAUGAACGUGAUGGUGAUGCUGGUGAUAUUACUCAGUUUAAUGGUACACUGUGUCAUAGCAGAUAGAUGGUUGUCUAUCGCUCUUAGUGGUUCAACAUUUAAGAAUGAAAAAACGUGCCAGGAUUUGAAAGGAUUAAACCGAAAGCAAAUCCGUGUUUGUAAGCGACAUGUUGAACUCAUGAAUAGUGUGAAGAAAGGAGCGGAAAUGGCCAUUGAAGAGUGUCAGCGUCAAUUCAAGUAUCGAAGGUGGAAUUGUACCACCAUCAAUAAGGAGAACGAACCUGUGUUUGGAAAUGCAUUGAAUAAAGGGACAAGAGAAGCUGCAUUUGUGUACGCCAUUGCAGCGGCUUCUGUGUCGUUUUCCGUUACAAAAGCCUGUACAUCUGGGGAUCUUAAAAGUUGUUCAUGUGACCGUUCAUUUAAGACGAAACAAAGAAGGAAGACAAAAGAAAAUUGGCAUUGGGCAGGAUGUAGCGAUAACGUUCAUUUUGGAAAUAGCUUUUCAAAAAGUUUUCUCGAUGCCAAAGUUCGUGAGAGACAACAUUUUAGUCGCUCCAGAAUUUUGAUGAAUCUGCAUAAUAACGAGGCUGGACGUAAGAUUUUACUAAACAACAUGGUAAAAACAUGUAAAUGUCACGGAGUAUGUGGAACAUGUUCCCUUAAAACAUGCUGGAGGCGUCUGCCGCCGAUUAGACGUGUUGGUGACAAGCUUAAAGAUAAAUUUGAUGGUGCCAGUUUGGUGAAGGAGGCGAUCACAGGUGGAAGACGAAUCUUAGUUCCAAAAUUUGAAAAGUUAAAACCACCAACGGUAUCAGAUUUAGUAUAUCUUGAUCCUUCGCCAGAUUUCUGCGAACCGAAUAAAACCACUGGUUCCCUAGGUAUUUCAGGCCGUACUUGCAAACUUGGUUCUAAAGCAAUAGAUGGAUGUGAUUUGUUGUGCUGUGGUCGCGGAUUUACAACCAGAACUGUGGUGGUUGAGAAGGAAUGUAAAUGUACUUUCAAAUGGUGUUGCUAUGUGCGUUGUCAGACAUGUAGACAUCAAAUCACCAUUCAUUCAUGUCGAUAAAUUGAUCAAAGUCAAAACUUCAAUAAAGUAUAUUUGGAAAUAUUUGGGAUAUAACAUUUGUAUAAAAUAUCUUAGUAUUUGAGGGAUUUUACUUCACUUCUGGUUUUAUUCAUUCUCAUCUUAACGUUUAUUAAGCAGGGAUGAUAAAUAGCACUUUAAGAUUUUAGAAAAACAGUCUUAAUUCUACUGAAGUGUUUUUUCAACUUCUUAGGGUAUUUAUGCCAGCUGAUUAAAUUUUCAAAUAAUAAAGUAUCAAAUCAUGAAAUCACA